UUUUCCAUUUCUGCUGGCACUAAUACUAAAGCAACCGCUGCGGUUUGAUGAGUGGCAGCACCAAAUGAUGGCAAUGGCAUCAGCGUCACUCCCUUCCCCUUUCCUCUUCCUUCUCACAGCUAUCUUCAUGUUGCUUUACCUCUCUCUCCUCACUCACUCCGUCAACCCCGACUUCCACCCUCUAAUGUCGUUCAAAGCCGCUUCCGACCCUUCCGACACACUCUCCCAGUGGAACUCCAAAACCUCAGACCCCUGCACUUGGUACGGUGUCUCUUGUCUCCGUAACCGUGUCUCUCGCCUCGUCCUUCAAGACCUAAACCUCACAGGCUCCAUCCACCCUCUGACUUCUCUCACCCAACUUCGCAUCCUCAGCCUAAAACGCAACCGUUUCAACGGCCCCAUCACCUCUCUCGCCAACCUCACCGCCCUCCGCCUUCUCUUCCUCUCCCACAACAACUUCUCCGGUCCCUUCCCCGCCACGCUCACCUCUCUCUACCGCCUUGAUCUCUCACACAACAGUCUCUCCGGCGAAAUCCCCGACACUUUCAGCCGCUGGACCCACCUCCUCACCCUCCGCCUCGACUCCAACCGUUUCCGGGGCCGCAUUCCCAGCAACAUCAACAUCUCUCGUCUUCAAGACUUUAACGUCUCAAACAACCUCCUAACGGGUCAAAUACCCGAAUCUCUCUCGGGUUUCCCUGGAUCCGCGUUUUCUCACAACCCCUCCCUCUGCGGAGCUCCCUUGCAAGAAUGCAUAGCCAAAGGCGAGGCAAUCAUCCCGGCCCUGGCUUCCCCAUUGAAGCCGCGAAACGACACUGUUUUUUCCAAACCCCGGGGGCGGGAGAGAAUAAUGGGGGUGUUGGUCUUGGUGGGUAUUGUGGUGGGGGACGUGCUGGUGCUGGCUUUGGUGUCGCUGCUUCUUUAUUGCUAUUUCUGGAGGAACUACUCUGCUGCUGCACAGUUGAGAAAAGAGGAAAAAGAGAGGAGGAGUAUGAAGACGGUGGAUGAGUAUAAGGGUGGUGGAAUGGUGUUUUUGGAAGGGGUGAGGAGGUUUGAGUUAGAGGAGCUGUUGCGUUCGUCGGCGGAGUUGUUGGGAAAGGGUGCGUUGGGGAGUGCCUAUAAAGCAGUGCUUGACGACGGAACUGUGGUGGCGGUGAAGAGGCUGAAGGAGGUUAGUGUUGGAGGGAAGAAGGAGUUCCAUCAACGAAUGGAACUGCUUGGAAGUUUGAGACACCCAAACGUUGUGAGUUUGAGGGCUUACUGUUUCACCAAACACGACAAAUUCCUCGUCUCUGAUUACAUGUGCAACGCUAGCUUCUCAUUCCUUCUCCACGGUAAUCGAGGACCAGGGCGGACCCCACUGGACUGGACAACGAGGCUGAAGAUCGCAGCUGGUGCGGCACGAGGCGUGGCAUUCAUUCACAAACAUAAACUCACCCAUGGAAACAUCAAAGCCACCAACGUUCUUAUCGACGUGGCGGGCAACGCGCGCGUCGCGGACUUUGGUCUCUCCAUCUUCGCUGGCGCCUCCGUUCUAAGAUCCAACGGCUACCGCGCGCCAGAGGUAUCAGACGGUCGCAAGCAGACACAGAUGUCUGACGUGUACUCCUUUGGCGUCCUAUUGAUAGAGAUGCUGACUGGGAAGUGCCCCUCCACCGUGGCGGAUCUCCCGAGGUGGGUCCGGUCGGUUGGGAGAGAGGAGUGGACGGCCGAGGUAUUCGAUUUAGAACUGAUGAGCUAUAAGGACAUUGAGGAGGAGAUGGUGGCGCUGCUACAGAUAGCUAUCCAGUGCACUCAGACCGAGCCUCAUCAACGGCUCAGGAUGAGCCACGUGGUGAAGAUGAUUGAGGAGUUGCGUAGGGUCCACAUGUUGCCGUGUGAUGAAGGGUUGGAAUCGCUGUCUGGGUCACUCUCGAUCCCUGAAGCAAGUGCAAGUCAAUGAUGCCGAGGAAUAUUGUAAAUUAAAACAUCAUCGGAUAUUUACUAUUGUUUUUCAAAUUUUUCUAAAACUAUUACUAUUA